AUGGCGGCUGAGGCUGAGUGUGCUGCGGCGCGAUGGCACAUGGCCCCCCCGCAGGUUGGGCAGCCUCACAGUCUGAUGUCGGGUGUGAGAACCCUCCCGGUCAGCGUCUGUGAGGUCAGUCCCAAGGUGCACCCCACACCUCUGCGCCCCACGCCAGCAGCACACCUUGCAGCCAAAGGUCUGCGCCCAGGAUGCAGCCGCCGUGUAGAAGUGGGGGUGCGAGAUGACCACCGAGCUGACACCCCCGAGGGCUUGGAUGUCCGGCACGGACGCCUGUGA